AUGAGUGAAUAUCUUACAGGAACUUCUAAGACCACAACUCUUGCACAGCCCAGAUACAUGCUCAACAGAAGCCGCCUGAAGCACGGUCCAGAUAUGAAAAUUUUCCUCCUUCAUUCUAAGCCCCAUGAGGAUCUCAAAUCCUUCUCCUCCUUCACCACUUUUGAUCCCACCAACCAUCACCCGGUUCCCCAGCCUAUGGCUCCUCCGUUUCAGCAGCCUGAGAAGGCAGCCCAUAAGGCAGUUAAUUAUGAGAAGCUAGCAGAAAUCACCCAGGACAAGCAUGAGAAUCCAGCUGUUUUCCAAUCAUGCCUCACCCAGGCAAUGAGAAAAUACACCAAUUUAGACCCCAUGAGUCCUGAAGGUCUCUUGCACUCUGAACAUCCAGUGGAACUUACACCACCUACGAGCCCCAAUCUUCAGGCAAGGGAAAAAAAUGAUCUUUCCAUGAUGCUAGGCAGUUCUUGGAUAAAGAAAGAGGACAUUUCAAGGUUAACUGCCAGGUCCCAGGGCGGACAACUCCCAGUCGGUUAUCGGGGCUCUGGUUCCCGGAGACCCUGCAGUGAGAGUUGUUCCAGACUCUGUAGACGGUUCAACACUCGUGCCCGACAUCUCUGGCCAUUUUCAAGAAGAUCCCCUCAGAGCUCCGCACAGGAGAACCGACCAGAGCUGACAGAUGGGGUCCUCAAUUCCAUGCCCCUGCAGGAGGGACAGAUACCUGAUAUAUCCUCAAGCCUGAAGCACCGCCGCAGGGUGAGUAUAGGUGCCCAGUUGACCCAAACUCCAGAACCCCAGGGAGUCAACGGGACCUGGGUUCCAGAAGGCACCCUGCUACUCCCCUGA